GUCAACAAGAGCGCUGACAAGUGAGAAGCGGAUGGAGUUGGCUUCCCUUCGGAUUGGGGUUUAGUUUCUAACCCUCCGAACACCAAGUACACAGAGCCAAAAUCUUUCUUCAAGCCAUUUCGGAUUUAAUUAAGCAACUAUAUACGAAGUUUACGAUUUUUUGAAUGAGAACUAUAUUCUUAUAGUUCAAGAAAAAACGCAUCGUACAGUUUGUCGGCCAAAACGAUUUAAUUUCAUUAUUAAACAAUGGGCGACAAAGUGGCAGCAGAUUUCAUUUAUGACCCGCCUGCUCACAACACGCGAUGUAAUGCGCCUCAACCUCGGUGCUCAACCUCAAUCUUAUGUGAAAAGACUGAAAGGACCUGCCCCAACUAAUUUCACAUUGGAUGGCGGACCGGACCGGACAACUAGCACGCAAGGACGAGGGGCGGCAAUGGCUGGUGGGCGGGGCCGUGUCAGCGGUCAGGUCAACGUUGACGCAUUGCACAGGAACCAGAUAAUUAAGCAUAAUGACAGAAAUAUUAUAUAGCACUUGCAGCACUUGCUUGAUAGAUGACCCCACAUGAUGUGGAGUUGCUUGAAAUAUGGCCAGAUGACACAGGAACAACCAAUUUGGUGCCGGCACUAAUCAGAUCAAAAGCGUUGCUAGAAGGGCAUCCAGAGGGAAGUCAGGUCGAGGGUAAGUUAAGUAAUUUGUUCCUAGUAAGAAUCCAUACCAGAAGUAUGUUGUUGGUAACACCAUUUAAACCUUAACUUAUCAAGAAAGAAUACGGCUUUGUUUUCGAUCCGAGUAGGCUUAAAGGGCAAAAGUCAAACUUUGUAUGGUAAUACAUUCAGUUUAACCAAGUGAGUGACACGAACACGUCUAGUUUACUAACAGCAUUUUCACUUUCGUAAUUUUAUGUAAUGCAAAACGUAAAUCAACACAAACAUGGGAAUUCUGCGUCCCGUCGCAGAAUCCUUGAUUGGAUAAACACCAAUCUUGGCACCACUCACGUUCGUUUAGAGGAACUGCGAUCCGGCGUGGAAUAUUGUCAAAUGCUUCAUAAGCUGCAACCUUCGGCGAUUAAGUUGAAAAAGGUCAUCAAGGAUCCGAAGAGCCAAUACGAAUGUGUGCAAAAUAUGAAAUUGCUGCAAAAGAGCCUCUGCAAACAGGGCGUUCAGAAGCAAAUACCCAUUCAGCGGCUGGUUUCUCGUGGUAAUAUUGAGAGUUUGGAGUUUGCUCAGUGGUUCAAGGCAUUCUAUGAUCAUAACUACCAGCUGUUAUGUCCCGAAAAGACCGAAGAUUCACCGAAUACACUAGCAAUAUUCCACGAAAAGCCUGACAGUUAUGAUAGAUUAGAAUCAACUGCAAGCAGUCAAUCAGGAAAGAAUUUAGAAAUCAACCAGGAGAAGAAAACUAUAAAAUCAGAUGAGGAACAAGUUUCUCUUAUACCAGGAUUGGAUUCUUCGCCGGAUGAAUUGUCGUUACACCCACUUGAGGGCUAUUCGCAGUCCACCUAUGAAAUUAUUCCAGAAAAUGCACUGCCAAUAGACGUUAUUGAUUUUCAGGAACAACAUUCACAACGAAGUCAAUCAAAUAAUUGUAAUUCUGAAGAUAUUACCACGGCAGGCGAAUCUUCGGGGUCAACAGAAAUUGAUUUAAUGAAAAUCGACCCUGAAGAAGGUAAUCGCUGUAAGGACUCCAAUGGGCCACUUCUCGGAAUAUAUUUGGAUGGACCCCUCCCCCGGUGUAGACCAUUUAAACUUCGGCGGACAUUUGAUUUUCAUGAAGUGAAAAGCGUUAAAAUCAAAAAGUUGGUAGAUGGAUCCGCCCCAAUUUCGUCGGAAGAAGAGUGCUCUUCCGAUGAUUUCAACAAGGAUAUGGAAGCAAAAAUCGUUUCGAUAUGGAAAGAUAUUCAUAAAGUUAUUAAAGCCCUACAAAGGAUCGAGCAAAAUUGGUACCGCAAUAAGAAUCAUGAGAGAAGAACGACAUCUAAGCAUUGAUUAUAAGGAGAUAGCAAAGUUUGAAGUUUGCAUAAAAUAUAGUUAGAUUUACAUAUUUAUAUAUGUACGUUUUCAGAUAUGUUUCGGCCAAGUUGUUUACCAAAACUCCGUAAUUCAGCUCGACUAAAAAUAAAUUUUAAUGUAUUACCUUCCAAAAUAAAAUAUGACCAACUGAA